AUGCAUUUGUUUCUAAUUCUUCUUGUUGUUUUACCGAGGCUUUCUUGGGGGUAUGAAGUGCUUUCCCCCGAUACCUCUAACCACACCAUCAUGAAGGCUCCAGUUUUUGCAAAGCCGGGGUGUCAAAGCCAAUGCGGAGACCUGCUAAUACCAUAUCCCUUUGGCAUCAAGUCAGAAGGUCUGGAUUGUGCCAUCAAUCCCGCCUUUGAAGUUGAAUGCAACACUUACUACAAUCCUCCUCUGGCCUUUCCAUUAGAUCCAUAUAUGAGAACACAUCAUAUUCAUGAUAUAUCCGACACUGAGUUACGAGUCAAUUCUUUUCAGGCCUCUAAGUGCUACAAUCAAUCAGGUGACUUAACUGAUCAACACAUUCAUGUAGUAAAUGGACUGGAUGGGACUUCAUUUGCGUAUUCAACUGCAAAUGUACUUACUGUUGUUGGUUGUGAUGACUAUGCCAACCUAUACAAUGAUCGAACCAAUUUCAACGACAAAACAAACAAACCAAACAAGGUCUGCAGCGCCACAUGCCCACCUGACAAGGAGAUUCGUGAAGAAGAGUGUUCCGGCACUGGUUGCUGUCAAGCACCCAUCACAUGUCACACGAAUUUCUCUAUCGACCUUCUGACCUAUAAACGCCACAGAAAUGUCUCCUAUUUUAACCAAUGUGGCUAUGCAUUCGUUGGUGAGAAAAGCAGAUUCAGAUUUCGAGGUAUGUCACAUCUUAAUGAUUCAAACUUCAUGCAGAAGAUUGCAGAUAUACCUAUAGUAUUAGACUGGUUUAUUGUGAAUCAAACUUGCGGUGAAGCACAACGGGACCAAAGUUCUUAUGCCUGCAAAUUCAAUAAUAGUUACUGCAUCGAUGCAACUCCGUCGAGGGGAUAUCGUUGCAGCUGCAAACAAGGCUUUGCGGGAAAUCCUUAUCUCAGUCCAGGAUGCAGUGGUAACUUAUAA